GAAGGAAAUCACAGAAACUCAGCCAAAAAACCCUAGCACUGUAAGCCUACACCACCGCCGCAAGGAGUGGCAUACUGCCGCCGUCGGUCGCACUCAAAUUUUUCCGGCCGUCCGUCCGUCUAGUUAGCUUCCCUCGUGCUCCAGGUCUUCAACCCCAGUUCGCUGUCACCGAUCGCAGCUGCUUCCGCGAGCUCGGCGUCCGUCGUCUUUGUCUGCUCAGCCACGCUUCCGCCGCCGUUUGUUUGUCGUUCACGUUCGCGUCCUCGUUCAGCCGUCGUCUUCGUUUGCGUUCUUCGCCGUUCACGUUUGCUCGGCGUUCACCGUUCGCGUUCCCACGCCGUUCACCGUUCACCGUUCGAGUUCGCAUUCGCGUUUGUCAGGAAGCCACGUUGCUCUGCUUCAAACUCUGCGAUCAACCCACGCGUCGAACUGCUCCCUUUUGUCGCGGUCUAUCAGCGAAAGCUUUCCUCUGGGUUCCUAAUUGAAAACCCUAACCCUCAUCACCAAUUGCGAAAAUCGUUCCUGCAAAAUGGCAAUUGCACGCACUGGAGUCUACGUGGAUGACUAUUUGGAGUAUGCUAGCACUUUGCCCGCUGAGCUUCAGAGGCUUCUCAAUACUGUGCGAGAACUUGAUGAACGAUCCCAAUCUAUGAUAAACCAGACUAGGCAGCAGACAAAGGUGUGUAUGGGGAUCUCAUCACAUGGCUCUAAGAAGGGUAACCAUGUCAGUGGCCAUCAUUAUAAUAACAAUCAUCAUGCAAAUGAGGAAGACGAGGCUGCGAAUGAGAAAUUGCGAAAGGAAAUCGAGGCCAAUCAGGAUAAUGCAUUGAACCUAUGUACUGAGAAAGUUUUGUUGGCACGGCAAGCAUAUGACUUGAUAGAUAGUCAUGUCAAACGUCUUGAUGAGGAUUUAAACAACUUUGCUGAAGAUCUGAAGCAAGAGGGGAAAAUACCACCGGAUGAACCAGCAAUUCUUCCCCCAUUGCCUAUAGUCCCUAAACCUGAAAAACGCAAGCCCUUAUAUGUAACACCACAGUCAAAGAGGCUUGAUUACAGGGAUAGAGACUGGGAUCGGGAGCAUGAUAGAGACUUUGAGCUAAUGCCUCCACCAGGUAGCCAUAAGAAGGAGUAUAUAACUCCUAUGGAGAUGGAUACACCUAUUGAUCCAAAUGAGCCAACAUACUGUGUUUGUCAUCAGGUGUCUUUUGGUGACAUGAUUGCUUGUGACAACGAAAAUUGCCAAGGAGGAGAAUGGUUCCACUAUUCAUGUGUCGGCUUAACUCAAGAGACAAGGUUCAAGGGUAAAUGGUAUUGUCCAACCUGCAGAUUACUACCACAAUGCCAAUGAUAAAAGUUUGCUCUUAUCAAACUGCAUUCUUAAAUAGUCAAUUGAUUCUUCAAUGAAUCUCCACUUCAUGAAUGCAUAAUUCUUUUAAGAUAUGUUGUGAUUAAUGGGGUUAGUGUUUGUUGCUAAUCCCCUUAAACCCAUAUUAACCCUCUUCCCCCAUCCUACUCAGACACGUGGGGUUUGAAUUAUAUUUGUCUUCUAGUAUAUUGCUUGGCCAUUUUAUUUUAGGCAGAGUCCAACUUGUCUCUGUCAUGCUAUGUAGUAUUAUUGUAUUGUAUAAAAGUCCUCUAGAACUUGAGAUACGUGAGUGAUUCUUUCUAGAUUUGAAUUUUGGGGUAUGUGAAAUGCUGAAGUAUAGUCCUGGAUAACUGUUACAAGAUAUAUAAAUAUGGCGCAAAAUUCAAUUUUUUGCA